GCUCGACUCCCUCUGGCGCAGGGGUGAUUACGUCAUUAGGUUUCCUACGUCCAGACGCCCUGCUUACGGCUGCACGCGCCGGUUUCCUACGCACGCGGGAGAACGAGCUGGUCAUCUUUUGGCACUCACGCUUCGCCUGUUGUAACGCCGUUUAUUACGCCGGUCAUACCGCUUUCUCCGUUCACGCCAGUGUCCUGGGCCGUGUCUUCGACGUUUAGUUUGGCUUAGAAUCUUUUUUCCGCUAUGCCGAAGAAUAAAGGUAAGGGAGGUAAGAACAGAAGGCGUGGUAAGAAUGAAAAUGAAUCAGAAAAGAGAGAACUGGUGUUUAAAGAAGAUGGCCAAGAGUAUGCACAAGUGAUCAAAAUGUUGGGAAAUGGCCGACUGGAAGCCAUGUGUUUUGAUGGUGUCAAGAGGUUAUGUCAUAUUAGAGGAAAGCUGAGAAAAAAGGUCUGGAUAAACACCUCAGACAUUAUAUUGGUGGGCCUCCGAGACUAUCAAGACAACAAAGCAGAUGUUAUACUGAAAUACAAUGCAGAUGAAGCCAGGAGUCUCAAGGCAUAUGGAGAGCUUCCUGAACACGCUAAGAUCAAUGAAACAGACACAUUUGGUCCUGGAGAUGAUGAUGAAAUCCAGUUUGAUGAUAUUGGAGAUGAUGAUGAAGAUAUUGAUGAUAUCUGAGCACAGAUGUUUAUUCCAUUCCGAUAAGCAAUGAUUCUACUUUUGUUUUGGAUUUCGUGUGAAGCCCUCCAACUGAGAACAUAUACACUUGCGCUCCAUUAAAAAUAAAUACAUUUAGUUUUAACCUAUUUAUAUUUCAGUAGAAGUCAAAUAUGCUGGAUAUUCAGGAUCAUCUGAACAUUUUAAAUGUUUGGCAUUGUAGAGCUUCCAUGUGGGGCUCUGCCUUCAAAGUGGUUAACAUGCUUCCUUCUGCAUUACUGCUCCUACUGCAUCCCAGUUUCCACCUACUGUACACCAUUGUUUUAAAGUCUGAUCAUCAUGAUUGAUUUAGUUGGAUUUGUCAUUAUCCAGAAAAUGGUAAGUGUGCGAUUACCAACACUGUGGCCAAAAUAAAUGGCGGAUUCUUUCUCUUCUAGAUCUGUCAUCCAUUUUUUUGGCCACAGUGUUGGUGAUUUCCCAUGUUUUUACCACGACUUGUUUUUUUUUAUAUAAGUUUCAAUAACUGGCAUUUGCAUCUUUAUUCCAUGACUUCCAUCUGCAAUCUUCAGCAAUGUUUCGUAGUAAUACAACGAAUAAUAUACACUGUACAGUUAUCACAGACAGAAUACUGGAUAAAGCCUAAUGACUAUUCCUUUAACUAUAUCCUUUUUUUGUUCGAUUAAAAUUCUGAAUCUUAUUUUUGUCAAA